AUGAUGAUCACUUUCAUUGCCCUGUCCCUCCUUGGCAGCUUGUCUUCUGCCAAGGCUCAAACUGUUACAUACAAUUCUUCUCCUAACUUGGCGAUCCCAGGAGCUGGACAAGAUAGGGGUAGGGUUAGUGACAGCAUCUUUGUAGAUGCCAGCUUUGAAAUCUGUGACGUCGACAUUUCAGUGGACAUCACCCACACUUGGACUGCUGACUUGGAGCUUGAUCUCACCAUGGAUGGACCAGACCCAACAACUGACCCUGUUGAUGUGAUUCGGCUUCAAUACGAUGAUUGCGGGUCCAGUGAUGACCUUGUUGUUACUUUCGAUGAUUCCGCUACCGAAAGUCUGAAUGGAGCUAGUAGCACCAAUAACCUUUGUAAUCAAGAUGGACUAGAGGUUCAGCCGGAGGAGGCUCUUUCUACUUUCAAUGGCCACCAAUCCAUUGGUUACUGGACAUUAGACAUCAAUGAUGAUGCUGUUGGCGACACAGGAACACUUAAUUCUUGGUCUAUUACCCUCACAGCCUGUGAAACAAUCACGGAUGGUGCUGGCACUGGCGACCCUCACUUCAAGUCCUGGGCUGGCAAGUGGUUUGAUUUCCAUGGAGAGUGUGACUUGGUCUUUGUUGACAGCCCCAAGUUUGGACAUGGAACUGGAUUGGCCAUCCACAUUCGAACCAAGGCCCGGUACCAGUACUCUUACAUUGAGUCUGCUGCUGUUCAAAUCGGAGACAGUGUUCUAGAGGUUGGUGAAUAUGGUAGCUACAUGUUGGAUGGCAUCUCCAAUGCUGAUCUGGACUCUGAGAAACUUGACAGUUACACUGUUACCCACAAGAAGAUCAACUCCAAGCAAGAUGUUUUCACCAUUGAGCUUGGAGAGGGAAAGCAGAUUGUCAUUCAAUCCUUCAAGGACCUUGUCAGUGUCAAGACAGUUGGUGCCAGCUUUGAAGAGUACCGUGGAAGCCAAGGACUCUUGGGAGAGUUUGGAACUGGCAAGUUGCUGUCCCGCAAUGGAACCAUCAUGACUGAUCCAGAUGCCUUUGGCAAUGAAUGGCAAGUCCUUGAAACAGAACCCAAGCUCUUCCAAACAGCCAGAUUCCCCCAGCACCCAGUGCAAUGCAGUAUGCCUGGUCCUGAAAGAGAUGGACGCCGCCGCCUUGGCGAAUCCACCAUUUCCAUGGAAGCUGCUGAGGAGGCAUGUGAGCAUUGGGGAGACUUGAAGGACCAAUGUGUCUAUGAUGUCAUGGCUGCUGAAGAUUUGGAGCUUGCCGAAGCUGGAGCAUUCUAA